UAUACCAGGUAGCUGGCUACCGUGUGUAAAGUCUGAGUGUUUCGCCGGCAGCCGGCCACCCCACAGAGAUAUUCAGUGGCAGAGAAUUUGAUCGAGAUGCCGAAGAUGGUUUUCUCCCCGCUGAUGUUUCUGUGCUUGGAUGUCUGUGCAGUGCAGGCAGUGCGCUGGGCCCAGCUCCUGCCUUUCCUCCUCCCUCACCCUUUCCUCACCCUUUGGGGUGGGGGCGUGCUCCGUGCCGCUCUCCUCCUCUUCCUCACCCUCUCCCCGGGGUGCCCGCAGUGGUUAAGAUCUCCGAAGGGGGUCCAGACCCUGGGGGUGCACAGCUUCCUCUCCCCAGCCUACAUCACCCUUCUGUGGGCCUGUGGACAGUCAACUCUGGAGCUGCUGUGGGGGUGGCACUCCUGGCAAGGGAUACUGCAAGGAUAUGUCGUCACAGCUGUGUCUCUGUUAUUCUGGCAACGAUAUGUUCCUUUGCUCUCCUCUAAACGCACCAAGAAAUCCCAGGAAAAAAAUGGUGCUUCGUUGCAGAGGCUUCUGGGAUACAUGCAGCCAUACAUCCUGCGGUUUGCAGCGAUUGUUUCCUUGGUGGUGAUCUCCUCUCUGGGUGAGAUGGCUAUUCCAUAUUACACGGGCCGAAUGACUGACUGGAUCAUGAACGAGGAAGAACCUGAGGCCUUCACUCAUGCCAUCACUGUCAUGUCACUGAUAACCAUCAUGAGUGCUGUGAGCGAGUUUGUCUGUGACCUCAUCUACAACAUCACAAUGAGCCGCAUCCACACCUUCAUCCAGGGCCUGGUCUUCAAGUCUGUGCUGAAUCAAGAGAUCGCUUUCUUUGACACAGCGCAUACUGGUGACAUUGUGUCCCGCAUCACCACGGACACCAACACCAUGAGCGAGUCUCUCAGUGAGAAGCUCAGCCUGCUGAUGUGGUACUUCAUGCGCGUCACCUUCCUCUUCGUCUUCAUGCUCCGGCUCUCCUGGAAGCUGUCUGUCUUCACCGCGCUGGGGCUGCCCAUCAUCUGGGUCAUUCCUGAGAUCUCCGGCAAAUUCUACCAGUCGCUGUCAGUGCAGGUGCAGGAAUCUCUUGCCCGGGCAAAUGACGUCGCCAUGGAGACCUUCUCCUCCAUGAAGACGGUGCGGAGCUUUGCCAAUGAGGAGGGCGAGACCCGAAGGUACAAGCAGCGGCUGGAGGACACGUACUCGCUCAACAAGAAGGAGGCUGCGGCCUACGCUGCUUCCACCUGGACCAAUAGCUUGUCCAGUCUGGCCUUGAAGGUCAGCAUCCUGUAUUAUGGUGGCAGGCUGGUUACAGGUGGUGACGUCACUAGCGGUGACCUGGUGUCCUUUGUGCUGUAUGAGCUGCAGUUCACCUCUGCUGUAGAGGUCCUCAUGUCCUAUUACCCCCAUGUGAAGAAGGCCAUAGGGGCCUCAGAGAAGAUUUUUGAGUAUGUGGACCGAAAACCUCAAGUACCCCCCGAUGGCUCUUUGGCCCCCGAGAAACUGAAAGGUCAUCUGCACUUCAAGAAUGUUACUUUUGCCUAUCCUAAUAGGCCUGACACACCGGUGCUCAAGGACUUCUCUUUGGAGCUGAAGCCAGGUCAAGUCACUGCCCUGGUGGGGCCCUCAGGAGGAGGGAAGAGUACAUGUGUGAGUCUGCUGGAGAGAUUCUAUCAGCCUCAGGAAGGGGAGAUCUUCUUGGACGGACAGCCGCUGCACAGCUACCAGAACCAGUACCUGCAUAGCAAGAUCGCUGUGGUCAGCCAGGAGCCUGUGCUCUUUGCCCGCUCCGUGAGGGAGAACAUCAAGUACGGCCGGGAGAAUGCCACUGAUGAUGAGAUGUUUGAGGCUGCCAAAAUGGCCAACGCACACAAAUUCAUCACUGACCUGCCAAACGGAUACAACACAGAUGCUGGUGAAAAGGGGGGCCAGGUGUCAGGAGGGCAGAAGCAACGCAUCGCCAUUGCCCGAGCUCUGAUUGGACAGCCUCAGAUCCUGGUGCUGGACGAUGCCACCAGCUCCCUGGAUACCGAGAGCGAGCACUUGGUUCACCAGGCUCUGCUGAAAAGCUCAAACCGCUGCGCAAUAUUGAUGAUCGCUCACAGGUUGAGUGCUGUGGAGAAGGCCAAUCACAUCAUCUUCCUGCAGGGAGGGGAGGUGCUACAAGAAGGGACCCAUGCCAAGUUGCUGGAGAAGGGCGGGGCCUAUGCCCAGCUUGUGCAGAAGCAGAACACAGCAUUCCAGCGAAACACUGGGGAAGGGACAGACACAGAGAAGGUUUAAUAUAAUGUAUGAGCCCCUCGUAUUGUAUGGGAGAGAGCAUGUGAACAUGCGUGACAGCACAGUGUGACUAUGAAACAAGCUGAAGGUGUAUAUGACAUCAUACACAAAUGUAAAGAGGAAACAGAGUAAACCAAACCUGGUGUACUACACAUCUGAUUUAAUUUUUUUAAUUUAUUUGUUCUUUUGCCCCUUUAUGCAGCCCUGAUUUAGAAUUGCCAGUUGUACGUUAGGCUCAUUUCACUUUGCACUUGCGCACAAGCCAAAUGCAAUACUCCAAUACACUCACAAGCCACGUGCACAUGUAUAAACAUCUUUUGUACUACAUUGCACCACAGGGAAGUGGGCACUUAUUGAGGAUAGGCACAACUCUGUUAACAUCAUCCAAGCAGUCUGCCAACCUACCCACCCUUAUCUCCACCGGAAUGAAGCCAAACUGUACAGCCUCUGUGCAGUCCUGGUCGUGGUAAGCAAAUGAAAUGACCGGUAUGGAACCCUGGCUGUAGGGGUCAGCCUAUGCUCAAAGUGAACACCUUGCUGACUGAGCCACUCGGGACCCUGUUAUACUGCACAUUUGGCAUAUGUGUUUUUUCAUUCCUCAAUGCAGAUUGCCAGCUGGCUGUGGCUACCUACAUCCUCAGUAGUUGGCUAGUGUAUCUGGCUUUCUCCACUAGGUCACAAUAUAUCAUCACAAUGUCCCCUUAGUCUCUCCUGUAUUUUGGCCAAACUUGCACUCCAUGACAUCUCAGCAGCCAGCUAAAUCCCAAUGAAACUGGUGAACAAGAGAGUAUAGUACGCAGUACUGUAAGGAUCAUAUCAUUGCUUAAAUGGCUGACCUGUGUAUUCUUAAUGACUUAAGAGCAUUUAUUGGUAAGUUCACACAGAAGAAAACAUAGUUGACAAUCCUACAAGACUAGAGCAUUUCAGAAUAUGUGAUGUCAAAUAUGUAGGAGUACAUAAUGAAAGGAAAAAAACAUGGUGAAGCACAGAGUUACAGUUAAUAAUUAGGUACACUGUUGAGCAUUGUAUACUUAAUUUAUUCCUGUACACCACAAAUAUUAUUAAUAAUUAUGUGUACAUUUCCUUGGCAAUUUGUUUUAAAUAGACACAGCAAUAGCGGUGCUCUCUUUACACAAAUCUUACUGAAUCUUACAGUUCUGGCCCAACUUUGAAUACUUAAUUUUCGUUGUUAUUUUCAGUAAGAUCUGUGUAAAGAGAGCACCGCUAUUGCUGUAUCUAUUUAUGUGCGUAUUCAUUCCCUUCAAGGUCAGGACAUUUGUUCUUAAUGUUGCCUCUCCUCUGUGUCAGACAAGGAGAGAGCAGAAGGGAAUUCAGU